UCCUGUUGCGGAAGUACUUUUCUUCUCCGUCGCUCCGCUCGUAGCUCAGCACCACCCAAACCGAUAAAAACGGCGGCAGGUGAACCGACUGAGUCACUCGGUAACGGAGGGAGUGAAGCCGUCCUGCAGGUUCUGGAGGAAUGGAGGAGAGGAACGACGUUUCCGGCUCUUCCUCUGGAGCUCAACAGGGACGUUAGUGGAACCUGGAGCCGAGGAGCUGCAGCUGCUCCACCGAAAACAGUCGCAGCGGUUUACUUUAAUCCGUUCAUCUUUCUGAAACGUGGACUGUCAGGAAUCCGUAAUUAAAAAGGACACUUCUACAGACAGGAGUCAUGAGCAGUGAGCUGAACGUCCCGAUGGGUUCCCCAGCCCCGGGAGUCUCAGAGCGGGCUCCGGACGGCGGUGGGAUGGACUACAGGGACUGGGUGCGACGUAGCUACCUGGAGCUGGUGAGCUCCAACCACCACUCAGUUCAGGCCUUGUCCUGGAGGAAGCUGUACCUGAGCCGGGCCAAGCUGAAGGCCUCCAGCAGGACGUCUGCGCUGCUCUCCGGCUUUGCUAUGGUGGCCAUGGUGGAGGUGCAGCUGGAGGUGCAGUACAGUUACCCCCGGGUUCUCCUCAUCGCCUUCAGCGUCUGCACCACGGUGCUGGUGGCCGUCCACCUCUUCGCCCUGCUGAUCAGCACCUGCAUCCUGCCCAACGUGGAGGCCGUCAGCAACAUCCACAACCUCAACUCGGUCAGCGAGUCGCCCCACGAGCGGAUGCACUACUACAUCGAGCUGGCCUGGGGCUUCUCCACGGCGCUGGGCAUCCUGCUGUUCCUGGCCGAGGUGGUGCUGCUCUGCUGGAUCAAGUUCCUGCCGGUGGGCUCCAGCAAGCUCAAGAAGCCCCAGCCGACGCUCACCUUCCUGCCGACGCCCACCAGCACGACGGUGCAGGGCAGCGGCUGGCAGGCGGCGCUGGCCUCCACCAUCAUCAUGGUCCCGGUGGGGGUGAUCUUUGUGGUGUUCACCAUCCACUUCUACCGCUCUCUGGUGCGCCACAAGACGGAGCGCCACCACCAGGAGAUCGAGGAACUGCACAAGAUCAAGGUGCAGCUGGACGGCCACGAGAGAGGCCUCCAGACUGUGUGAAGCCCCAACGGCAGCUUUAAAGACUUCUCUCUGUGUCACGUAUUUAUCUCCCUUCUCUGGCGUCUGUUCUGGUCGUUUUAUUGCCUUGAACUCAUAAGCAGUGAACCUAACGCUGUGCAGCACAGACGCUUCAUGUGUCAGACUGCCGGUUAGGUAUUAAGGUGAAGUUACAGUUUGGGAUUCGUGUGCUGACUUUGUGUUAGAGGUCUGUAGUCUGUGUUGGUCAACGGAAAAAGGUUUACACAAAAAGGGCUAUUAUGUUCGAUGUGCCAUUUCUGCUCUGUUUACGUUUUACGGUUGGGUUCAGUGCCAGCAGGGUUUAGAUCUGUUGCCAAAACACCCAUGUUCACCUUAAAACUCUCUUUUUGAGUCUCUUAUAGCUGCUCAGUGCAUAUUAGCAAACGCCAGUAUAGAAGAUGUUAGGCUGUCAUUUUCAGUUUCUACUUCUUCCAAAGGAACCUGAUGUUGGCGCUCAUUAAGAUUAAAGUCUUCAGUAGGAGUUUAGGUCCAAUGUUGACUCCAGUUUUAGGGUUAUUUCCUGUCAGGGCUGCAGUCAACAGAAGAAACUCUUGGUUGACUUUAAUCGAUCCUGCUGUUAAACCAAUCGAUUUGUAGAGGAAAGAAAAUCUCUAGAUCAUCUGAAACGUCCACAGUGCUGUGAAAGCCUUAUUGGCCUGAAUUAAUUCUAAAUGACUGCAAAAACCGUAGUAUUUGUAGCAUAUUGCAGGUUGCUCCUGCUCAUAUUUAUCUAAAGCUACAUGCACUGAUGAUCCCAGUACAAGAGAUAUUGAGGAAUCUUAAGCAGAGCAGUUACCCGAUUCUAAACUGCUGUUUUAAAGAAUUUACCUUCAAUUAUUUUGGUCAUCUGUUGUGCCGCCACACCGCCCACUUUUUUUAAGUCAGUCCAAUUAGGGGCAAAGCUGAGUAAACAUCAGUAAGUAUUAAAUAGGUUAGCAGAUGUUUGCAGCUGGUUUAAUUCUUCUCCCACCAGAAGGAAUGGAUUUGUCCUGGAAGGCUGUUGAAGUAACACUGCCGAUGAGAAUUUGGUCCGAUAAGAGCGCAACAACCAACCAAUCGACAUGGAAACAACAACUUUCUGCCUCAUAUCGACACAGAUCAUCCACAACAUUAAAACCACUGGUAAAGUUGAAUCAACUCGAUUCUGGAAUAGACUGAGAUGCAGAGACGGAACAUGAUGUAACCUACAGUUUCUGAUUUGGAGAACUGUUACUCUAUUUGUGAAAAUGCAAAAAAGCACAAAUAUUGGAGAUUUCACUGCCCUUUUUUCCCAUCUGGACCACUUUAGAUCAGGUCCAGGUCAAAAACCAGUGAGCUUAGGUUGGUCACAUCUUGAGUAGAUUGUCAUACAAAGACUAAAGACUCUAUCAUCAUUUUUGAUAUGGAAAAUCAUUACUCUUUGUGUUACAAUGCAAUAACAUGGAGAUUUUAGUGUGUUAUUUUGCAUCUGGACACUUUAGACCAGGUUCAGAUGAAAAACCAGUGAGCUUAAGUUGGUCAAAUCUGGAAUAGACUGUAACGCUACGGCUAAAGACUCUUUAAACCCAUUAUUUUCUGUGUUGAAAUGUGAAAGAAAUUUUAGUGUGUUUCUUUACAUCUGGACCACUUUAGACUAGGUCCAGAUCAAAACACUUAGAUGGGUUAAAUCUGGAGUAGACCACAUUUUUGUACCAGAACAGUUUAUUCCAGUACAACCCAGAUCCAUAGAGGCCCAUCCAAGAACCAGUGGACCCAACGGAUCCCAGUUCCAGACAUAACAGGACACCAUAGAGGUGUGUUUAACAAACUACCACCGCCAUCCGCUCAGCUGUGGCUCCGCUCCAUGCGCUGCAGACGGUAAACGGUAGAUUCGGCGAUGCUCUGCUGGACAAACUAUGUAACGACACUGUUUCUAAGCCGCCCCUAUCAUCUGGUUGUGCUUCAUGUCCUGUAAAAAAAUCAGUCCGUCUCCAACAGUUGGAUUAUUCUGCUUUCUGUUAGUUGGUUUUCUAUUAUCAGCCAAAGAUUGUUCGUUAAAAAGGGAACCAGUUUAACAGCAUUUGAUCUGGAGCGUUCUGUGUGUGGCGUAAGUAACUUGUGCCAUAAAAAUAGUCAAUUUAAUAGUUGAAAACCAGUAUUUAGAGGAAGUUUCUGGUGAAAUAUUAGAUGUCUAAAUGAAAGUUUCACACCUAAAUCUGUCAUUUCUCGUAGCUACACUUUGUUUCCAGCCUUCUCAGCUGACAAACUCGUGUUUAUUGAUUUAGUCUCUUGCAAAUGUCUAUAAGAGAUUCAAAAAGUGGAUUGAGCUUAAAUGCUACUGAACCCCAUCUCUCCUCAUUGUUUACACUCAAUGUCUUAUUUUACCUCCAUGUGCUCUGAAGCUGGUGGAUGUUUUGCUGUGUUGCGACUAUUUGAGGAUGUUUGGAGCGGCGCGCUGAGGGAAAAGUCUUAAAAUCUAGCGUGGAAGUUGUCGUCACUGUGUUUUUACAUCCAAAAUGUCACGACAAAGCCUCAAAGAGUCCCGUCAUGGACUUAAAAAAGCUUUUAGUGGUUGGAGAUGUGUGACGUUCUCUGCUGCUUGAUUCUGAAUGUUUCUGUCCCGUUAUAGUUCUGCCUUACAGGAUUACUGCCUUUUAUCACCUUCUGUUUCGCUAAAGGUCACAACAUGAGCACACGUUUCUUCAGUGACUUAAAGGAGGACAGAAAAAGACCUGCAAUCACAUUCCAAAUAAGACGACCGACCAAAGUGCUGCUCGGUUUUCUCGAUUCAGGAGGGACUAAAGUGCACUUGUAGUUUUAGUUGGAAUUGGGAGGAUGUUGUUGCUUUACAUUAAAUGUUUGUGGAUUUGUGCUUCUUGAAUUAAUACUGCUGAGGAUAAAAAUCACACUCUGCCACAGACUUCCAAAAUAAAAGUUCUCGUCUUUUUGCACGUAAA